AUGCAGGUUCGGACAGGGAAAACGCUCCCGGAGUUGACCGCUUCCGGUAAAAAUGCAGAAGUCCGGGCGGCCGGUCUGAAAUAUGAUGCCAAUAACGUUUAUCUGGCAACAACCUAUUCAGAAACACAGAAUAUGACAGCUUUUGCUGGUGACUUUAUUGCAAAUAAAGCACAAAACUUUGAAGCAGUUACACAGUAUCAGUUUGAUUUCGGUCUGCGUCCGUCCAUCGCUUAUCUGCAGUCUAAAGGUAAGGAUCCUGGUAUGUGGGGUAACCAGGAUUUGGUGAAAUAUGUUGAUGUUGGUGCGACUUACUACUUCAAUAAAAGCAUAUCCGCGUUUGUUGAUUAUAAAAUCAACCUGCUUGACAAAAACAAUUUCACGGAUGUUCUGGGUAUUAACACAGAUGAUAUAAUUGCCACUGGUCUGGUAUAUCAGUUCUGA